CAAAAACAUACGUACUAUAAUAAUUUCAUUUCGUUCUAUAUACAUUAAAUUACCUCAUAAUUCUAAUAAUUAUCAUCCCAAAGAUUGAAUUGCUUGGAAAUAAAAUAAUUAUGGCUACAUACAACAAAGUUUGCCUCUUCACCGUCGUCUUCCUUGUGUGCGGUAUAUUUUUGAUGGGGAAUAAUGUGGAACAAGUAAAUGCUCAAAUUUGCACUCAAGAAUGCAACCCAAACGCGGCCUAUAUGAUCUGCCAGCCAAACAAUAAGAAGACCAAAAAUGUGUGCACCAAUUGCUGUAAAAUUCAAAACACCCGCUGCCAUAUCUACACUUCAAAGGGUGGUCUCAUCUGUUGAUCCAUUAAUUAUAAUUAAUUAAAUUAUUAUAAUUAUU